AUGACCAUCGACAAUAAAAUCACCCCAUUUGGAAAACCAAUGCGCAAGCAUUGGAUGUUUGAUCCUUUAUACACACCUCUCAACCAUGGCUCCUAUGGCGCAUAUCCUUUUCCGGUGCGAGAAAAACGACGUGAGAUGCAAGAACUUAACGAUUUGCAACCGGACACAUAUAUUCGAGUGAGACAAACUGCGUUUCUGCGUAAGUCAAGGGCGGAGGUAGCGGCCCUCAUCAACGCGCCUAUGGAUGAAUGCGUGUAUGUCAAAAAUUCGACGACGAGCAUAGCUACCGUGCUUUACAACCUCAAUUUUCAAGAGAAGGAAUCUUUGGUCUAUUUCGAUCAUGUUUAUGGAGCUUUAGAAAAUGGUAUUGUCUCUCUGGAAGAACACUCACCCCUUCAGACACGCAAAGUUGCCUUUUCAUUUCCCAUCGAAGAAAGUGAGCUAGAGCGUCGAUUCCGCGAGACUGUUCGCCAGGCACGAGCCGAUGGGCUUAAAGUGCGCGCUGCACUUUUUGAUACAAUCACCAGCAGUCCUGCUGCUCGCUUUCCGUUCGAAUUAAUGACGGCUGUCUGUCGAGAAGAAGGCAUCCUCAGCAUCAUCGAUGGCGCCCACGGCAUUGGAAUGAUUCCUCUGGAUAUGCAGGAACUACAGCCUGACUUCUUCGUAACAAACUGCCAUAAGUGGCUCUACACUCCUCGGCCUGUCUCUUUGUUGUACUGCCCAAAGCGCAACCAGCAGCUUCUCCGCACACAGCUUCCCACUUCAUGGGGCUUCAUUCCCGCAUCUACUCCCGCAGAGGCCUUUUCAGCCCCUCCACAUCCAAAAAACCCCAACCCGAACACUUUAUUCGAACAUUUGUUUCAACACGGCGCUACAAGUGAUGAUUCUGCAUACGUAUCUGUCCCCGCCGCCCUGAAAUUUCGUCGAGAAGUCUGCGGUGGUGAGGAAGUCAUCAUGUCAUAUUGCCGUGCCCUGGCAAACGAAGGUGCUGAUAUCGUUGCCAUUGCUCUUGGUACAGAUGUUCUCCAAGAAAUGAAUUUGAAACCCGGCCAGAAGAGCCGUAUGCGUAACUGCUGUGUGAAUACUGUGCGCCUUCCUAUUGGCGUCGUGAAUGGAGAUGACGAGCCUGAGAUUCCAGGCUCGUGGGUGACGCUAUCAGCGAAGGAGUGGAGUCGUGCUUGGAUUCAUAUGCAGAAGAGAAUGAUGAGAGAUUUUUCCACAUUUGUUCCUAUCGCUCCUUAUGGAUCUUGGUUGUAUGUUCGUGUAAGUGGCCAGGUAUAUCUGGAAAGGAGUGAUUUUGAGUGGCUUGCAGAUGUCCUACACGAGAUGUGUAGGGAGGUUGCGGAUAAGAAAUAUUAG